GGGCGAACGAUUUUCACGAGUGGGGCGUGAUGCGUUGUGUGUGACUAUUUAUAUAUACCUACGAGUUUUGGGUCUGCGUUAGAGCGCAAAAGUUACUUGAGGUAUUCUUGCGUCCAUGUUACCGUGCGCUGGGCGGCAUGUUGGUACCAUGUGGUUGUAUUGAAUUGAUUUUAGCCAUAAUUUUGCUGGCGGAAGAUGUCCGGUAUAUUUAAGAAUACAGCAAAGCACCAAUGUGCGCCUCUUAUUGAGCAAGAAAAAGAAAUCAUGAGUUGUGAUUCUGAGGAAGAAACUCCAUCUUCAAGCAUGGCUAAAUCACCAACUGGGCAAACCUAUGAUGGCAUAAAAGAAACCUCCAGUAAUUUAUCCCUGCAUUAUCAAGAUAAAAACAAGAAAGACACAUUGGAUAAUCAUUGUGCUGAAACAGAAGUCUGCAAUCAUUCAGAGAUACAAAAUAGAUGUUGGUGUGGGAAGACUUUUGCCACACGCUCUAAGCUUGUUAAGCAUCAGCGGCUUCAUACAAUGGAGAAAAAAUUUGCUUGCUCUGAAUGUGAGAAACGUUUUCCUUCUCAAUCUGCACUCAGUAAGCAUCUGAGAAUUCAUACUGGAGACAAGCCAUAUGCGUGUUCUGAGUGUGAUAAAAGAUUUACACAGAGUGGCCAUCUAGCGAUCCAUAAAAGAUUUCACACUGGAGAGAAACCAUAUGAAUGUUCUGAGUGCGGCAAACAGUUCACACGGAACACGCAUCUAGUUCAACACCAGAGGCGUCACACAGGCGUUAAACCGUUUGUCUGUUCGGAAUGUGGACAGAGUUUUCCACGCAAAACUGGGCUGAUUUCCCAUAACAGGCACCACACAGGAGAGAAACCAUAUGUAUGCAGUGAAUGUGGAAAAACGUUUACUACGGGCGCAGCCCUUAAUGCACAUAGAAACAUUCAUAUAAGGCUCACACAAUAUUAAAGUCCUGUUUUGUUUCCAGCUGUUAAGCUUUUUGGAAUGGUUCAAGCUCUGACCUAAGAGAAACUUUAGCAGAUAUAUUCCUGGAUGAAAAUUAUGUAAAGGAAGAAACAUCAAAUCCAAAUUCUGCCAAACUGUCGCCCACCAGAGUCGCUGAUCGAUCAAGUUCAGGAAAUGUUUUGACACAUGCUCACAACUUACUGAGCAUGAGAGACUGCAUACAAUGGAGAAAAAAAUUGCUCAGAUUUUGACAGAUGUUAAGUUUUUAUAGGGCUUCACUCUUUAAGCAUAUGGAAAUGCAUGCUGGAGCCAGUCUAUUGGUGUUUUUCUGGAUAUGUUAAAGGUUUUACUCAGAGUGGACAUCUUGCAUUGCAUAAAAGACCUCACAUUGGGAAAAUAAACCACCAGAAGAUUUGUGGGACGCACAUACACCACUCCAAUGAGCCUUAACCGGUUUGUGUUUCCUGAAUGUCGACAAUGUUUUCUACAAAGCAUCCUGGAUACUCGGAGGCAGUGAUGCAAAACCAUGGGGGCAAAUUGACCCCUUGGGUGAUCUGCCUGUCAGUGUUCUACUAUAUAAUGGGCUUGUUCCAAGAUCUCUUACCUCCCCAAAUGUGACGGUUAUGUAAUGGAGUAAUUAUCAGAUCAGUUUUUUUAAAUAAACCUCGCAUUAGCUCACAUAUACGUCACCAUAUUGCACUUUAUGCAUUUCCCUUUUAUGAGCAUUAUUAUUAUUUUGCGCAAAGAGCAUUGGUUCUUAAUUUUUUUAAGCAAAAAACGUAGUCUUACAACGGGCUCACCGGUGCUAAUUACAGUUUUAAAAAUAAUGUACCAAUAAACAAUAUGAAUCAUGUACUGAUUAAAUGCACAUUUACUUUUGCUUUAUUUGUAAUGUUCAUAAUUUGACUGCUGGUUUAGCUUUAUGCGUCCUCUCUCUUAUAGGGUACAUCACAUUUAUUUAUAUAUAGAGCCAGCAUGUUUUGUAGCACUGUUACAACAGAGCCAGUAAAAUAGGUAGCCGCUAGGUCAGUGAUGGCAAAUGUUUUUGGGCCUUAAUGUU